AUGAACAUAUUGUUUGACGGAAUUCCUAGAUGUGCAGGUGUAAUCAUAAAUAAAUUCUGGAUACUCACAUCAGCCUUCUGUGUUUUCACUGGGCUCGAUGCUAAUUACACGGCAGUAGUUGGGGUUAACAGUUUUAAUAGUGAAGACACGGGGCAACACACAUUUCGCUUCAAGCAAACCAUCUUUAACGGACUGUACGGUGGGAGCAUUGAUUAUGAUUUGGCGUUAGUCAAAGUUAAUGGCUGCGGAAUUAAGUUCAACGAUUAUGUUCAACCCAUCUGUUUACCCGUGGAGGGAGAGAACAAGGCAGCUGGAAGACUGUUGAAACUUUUUGGAUGGGGAUAUCAAACCGAGCUGUUGACUCAGCACCCCAGCGAGCUGAAGACAAUUGUUGUACGAGUCAUGAGUCUAACACGCUGUGCUACAUUCUGCUACCCUGGGCUGGUUACCGCACGCAACAUGUGCGUCAGGCAAGAUAGAGGACAAGGUGACGCUUGUAAGGGGGACUAUGGAGGACCUGUCACUUUUCAGUCUGGAGAAACACAUAUCCUGUCAGGCAUCGUCUCAGCUUCAAUAUCUGGCUGCACAAUUCCCAGCGAAGGAAUAGUUCUCUCGAAUAUCCUGUCUUAUAAGAACUGGAUUGUAGAUGUGAUCAAUAAUUACAGCAAUGACACAGAGAAAGUCAUCCCCCGUCGAAACAUAUGA